CUUCCUUUGUAGCCGUCGAAACCCGUGUGGAUUAGCCGCCUCUGCUCACAGUGACGUCCCUCAGCGGCAGCUAGUUAUAGUUACCAGUCUCGAGUUCACCACUCAUGCACUAUUCAUUGGUAUAUCACAUCACUCCUGCCCAACUUCAGACUUGGACAAACCCAAUUCUUUUCUGUACACAACUUCACAUUGUAGCCUUAUUCCAGAAGCAAUCUAAAUGUCUAAAAUGCUCAUGCAGGGUCCCUAAAGCUUUGGGUUGUAACAGAAAAGAAAAUUUAAAGGUCAGAAGGUGAUUUCUUCAAGGGAAUCCUCUCGGAUCUACCAGGAGAUAAAAGAGCCACUCUUGUUGUAUGAGCUCACCAAGGUUUGGUGUGAACCAUGAAGCGCAGUAAGCACCGUGGGCAAAAGGAGGACAGAAACGGAGAGGAACCAGCUAUUUUGGAAACCCAGAACCUGGAUCAUAAUGGCAUGCUGCUGGGUGGACUAGACCCUGACACCAUCUCUCUGGCUUCAGUCACAGCCGUCACCACUAAUGUGUCUAACAAAAGAUCAAAGCCGGACAUCAAGAUGGAGCCCAGUUCCGGAAGGCCAGUGGAUUACCAAGUCAGCGUGACAGUGAUUGAAGCCAGACAGCUGGUGGGCCUGAACAUGGAUCCAAUGGUCUGUGUGGAGAUCGGAGAUGACAAAAAGUACACCUCGAUGAAGGAAUCAACAAACUGCCCAUACUACAAUGAAUAUUUUGUCUUCGACUUCCACGUUCCUCCAGAUGUCAUGUUUGACAAAAUCCUCAAAGUGUCGGUAAUCCACUCCAAGAAUCUUCUGCGCAGCGGAACUCUGGUUGGAAGUUUUAAGAUGGAUGUUGGUACAGUCUACUUCCAGCCAGAACACCAGUUUUACCACAAAUGGGCUCUGUUGUCUGACCCCGAUGACAUCACAGCUGGUGGUAAAGGCUACGUUAAAUGCGACAUUGCAGUCGUGGCUAAAGGCGACACCAUAAAAACUCCUCACAAGGCAAAUGAAUCCGAUGAAGAUGACAUUGAGGGGAAUCUGUUGCUACCGGAGGGGGUUCCUGCAGAGCGACAGUGGGCCCGUUAUUACCUCAAAAUCUACAAAGCAGAGGGUCUCCCCCGAAUGAAUACCAGCAUCAUGGCCAACGUCAAAAAGGCCUUCAUCGGAGAAAAUAAGGAUCUGGUUGAUCCAUAUGUUCAAGUACUGUUUGCUGGGCAAAAGGGAAAAACCUCAGUACAGAAGAGCUGCUAUGAGCCCAUCUGGAAUGAGCAAAUAGUUUUUACAGAGAUGUUCCCACCCCUGUGCAAACGCAUGAAGAUCCAGAUCCGGGACUCAGACAAAGUGAAUGAUGUCGCUAUAGGAACACACUUCUUAGAUCUAAAGAAGAUUUCCAAUGAUGGAGACAAAGGUUUCCUUCCCACACUGGGACCUGCCUGGGUGAACAUGUACGGCUCCACCCGUACCUACACCCUGAUGGACGAGUACCAGGAGUUAAACGAAGGUCUUGGUGAGGGCGUGUCCUUCAGGGCCCGUCUGCUAAUCAGCCUGGGUGUAGAGAUCCUGGACCCCUCCUCUCCUGACAUAAUGACCUCCACGGAGGUGCAGGUGGAAGGAGUGCCCAAGAUCUCAGAGAGUGCCACUGGGAAGGUUGAGGAGUUUUUCUUGUUUGGGUCUUUCCUGGAGGCCACAAUGAUUGACAGAAAAAUUGGUGAUAAGCCGAUCAACUUUGAGGUCACCAUAGGUUACUAUGGAGACGAGAACGAUGGUGCCAUCCAACCAAAAACAACAGGGAAGAAGGGCGGAGGUGAUGAAGAGGAAACUGAACUGAUUCACAACUCCAGUGAGGACGAGAUGGACGAUGAUGGAGACCUGACUUCGGUGGCUAUUACUCCACCCAUGAAACCUGUCAUCACUGACCGAAACUAUUUCCACCUGCCCUACUUUGAAAGGAAGCCGUGCAUUUACAUCAAAAGUUUGUGGCAGGACCAGAGAAGGAGGCUCUACAAUGCCAACAUUAUCGAUAACAUUGCUGACAAAUUGGAGGAUGGACUAAAUGAUGUGCAUGAGAUUAUCAAAACAGAGAAGACCUACCCUGAACGCCGACUAAGAGGUGUUCUUGAGGAGCUCAGUCAAGGCUGCAGCCAGUUUAUUUCAUUGGCCAACAAGGACCAGAAUCAUUCUGGCAAAACCAAACUCGACCGGGAGAGGCUGAAGCUGUGUUUGUCGGAAGUGGAGUCCAUAGGCCAACAAGCUAAGGUCAUGAGGUCACAGGUGAAAAAAAGCACAGUGAGGGAUAAACUCAAGCUGGCUCAAAACUUUCUUUUAAAGCUGCGCUUCCUGGUCGAUGAACCUCAGCACAGUGUUCCUGACAUUUUCAUCUGGAUGUUAACUAAUGGGAAACGCGUCGCUUAUGCUCGUGUUCCUUCCAAAGACAUCCUUUAUUCCAGCGUCGAUGAGGAGAAGGGAAAAGACUGUGGAAAAGUCAAAACCAUCUUCUUAAGGAUCCCUGGUAAAAAAGGUUUUGGGCCUGCUGGCUGGACCGUCCAGUCCAAAAUAGAGAUUUACCUGUGGCUGGGUCUGAAUAGACAGCGCAAAGAUUACCUGAGCGGACUGCCCAAUGGGUUUGAGGAAAACAAGCUGUCCAAAGGACCCGGCCUGCCAUGUUCACCUCCCAUCAGCCUCACCUACAUGAUGAAACAGAUCUUCCAGCUGAGGGUCCACAUGUACCAGGCUCGCAGCCUGUUUGCCGCUGACAGCACAGGUCUGUCUGAUCCCUUUGCACGAGUUUUCUUCUCAACACAAACCCAAGUCACUGAGGUGCUGGCUGAGACUCUCUGCCCCACCUGGGAUCAGCUGCUGGUGUUCGAGAACGUUGAGCUGUUUGGAGAAGCUUGUGAACUGAGAGAUGAUCCUCCCAUUAUUGUCAUUGAAUUAUAUGAUCAAGACACAGUGGGGAAAGCGGACUUCAUGGGCAGAACCUUUGCUAAGCCUGUGGUCAAGAUGGCAGAUGAGCACUACGGACCCCCACGCUUCCCCCCACAGCUGGAGUACUACCAGAUCUACCGUGGGAACGGUGCUGCUGGAGAAAUGCUGGCAGCCUUUGAACUACUUCAGAUUGGCCCUAAUGGAAAAGCAGAUCUUCCUCCCAUCGAUGGUCCUACAGAUAUGGACCGUGGCCCGAUCCUGCCUGUACCACUGGGAAUCAGACCAGUGCUCAGCAAGUACAGGAUUGAGGUUUUGUUCUGGGGCUUGAGGGACUUGAAGAGAGUGAACCUUGCUCAAGUGGAUCGGCCUCGCGUGGACAUCGAAUGUGCAGGAAAAGGAGUGCAAUCCGCCCUCAUUCCCAACUACAAGAAGAACCCCAACUUCAGCACUCUUGUCAAGUGGUUUGAAGUGGACUUGCCUGAGAACGAGCUGCUCCACCCACCAUUGAACAUCCGAGUGGUGGACUGCAGAGCGUUUGGACGGUUCACUUUAGUCGGCAACACCGCAGUCACCACGCUGCGGAAGUUCAUCUACAGGGGAGCUGACAAGCAGGCCAACAACUGGACCACUACAGAGGAAAUUGUUGUUGUCAGCAUGGAACCGGAACCUGGCUUUAAGAAAAUGGAAACUGUGGUCAAACUGGAUUCUUGCUCUGAAGCUGUAGUCAAAGUUGAGGAUGAGGACAAGGAUGGAAAGGGGAAAAAGAAAAAGAAGAAAGGAGAAGAACCUGAAGAGGAGGAGCUCGAUGAGAGCAUGUUGGACUGGUGGUCCAAAUACUUUGCCUCCAUUGAAACGCUGACUGAAGCUCUCAAGGCUCAAGAGGCAGCUCUGUCUGAUUCAGAGGACAAAGACGACAUGGACAUCACCGAUAGUGGAGAUAUCAAACCUGAUUCUCCUGUAAAAGGAGGCAAGAAAGGAAAAGGAAAGAAGAAGAAACCACAGGUUGAUCCAUUCACUAAGAAAAAGCCAAAGCUGGAUGAGCUGAAGGUAUAUCCAAAGGAACUGGAGAGUGAGUUUGACAACUUUGAGGACUGGUUGCACACUUUUAACCUGUUCAGAGGAAAAGGAGGGGAUGACGAUGACCAAAGUAUGACAGAUGAGGACCGAGUUGUUGGAAAAUUUAAGGGCUCACUGUGUGUGUACAAAGUGUCGGAUGAUCUGCCCAGAGAAGUGAGCUUUGACUCCAACUUGGGAAUGUUUCAGAACAUUCCAAGCAAUGAUCCCAUCAAUGUCCUCGUCCGCAUUUAUGUCAUCAGGGCAACAGAUUUGCAUCCAGCAGACAUAAAUGGAAAAGCUGACCCCUACGUCGCAAUCAGACUGGGAAAAACUGAGAUUAAAGACAAAGAAAACUACAUCUCCAAACAGCUGAACCCUUUGUUUGGCAAAUCUUUUGAUGUGGAAGCCACAUUCCCAAUGGAUUCCACACUGACUGUGUCAAUUUACGACUGGGAUCUGGUGGGAACUGAUGAUCUGAUUGGAGAAACCAAAGUGGACCUGGAGAACCGCUUCUACAGCAAACACAGAGCCACGUGUGGCAUUUCAUGUAACUACGCCAUCCAUGGUUACAAUGUGUGGAGAGAUCCCUUGAAACCAACACAAAUCCUGGCUAAAUUGUGUAAAGAUGGCAAGUUAGAUGGACCACACUAUGGUCCUGGAGGAAGAGUGAAGGUUGAGAAUCGGGUCUUCAUGGGACCAACUGAGAUAGAGGAUGAAAAUGGUUUGAAGAAACAGACUGAGGAACACCUUGCUUUGAGUGCUCUGAGGCACUGGGAGGACAUCCCUCGAGCUGGCUACAAACUGGUCCCAGAGCACGUGGAGACUAGACCACUGCUCCACCCUGAUAAACCAGGAAUUGAACAAGGAAGAAUUGAGAUGUGGGUAGAUAUGUUUCCCAAGGGCAUGACUGCCCCUGGGCCUGCACUGGACAUUUCACCAAGAAAACCAAAGAAGUUUGAGCUGAGGGUCAUCGUGUGGAACACAGAUGAAGUGGUUUUAGAGGAUGACGACAUCUUCACUGGCGAGAAGUCCAGUGACAUAUUUGUGCGAGGUUGGCUGAAAGGACAGCAGGAGGACAAACAGGACACUGAUGUCCACUACCACUCCAUCACAGGAGAGGGAAACUUCAACUGGCGUUUUGUCUACCCCUUCGACUACCUCUUAGCUGAGGAGAAGAUCGUCAUCUCAAAGAAAGAGUCCAUGUUUGCCUGGGAUGAGACUGAAUACAAGAUUCCUCCUCGGCUUAAUCUGCAAGUGUGGGAUGCAGAUCACUUCUCAGCUGAUGAUUUCCUGGGUGCGAUUGAGUUGGACCUGAACCGGUUCCCACGUGGUGCCAAGACUGCUAAGCAGUGCACCAUCGAAAUGGUGACAAAUGAAGCAGAGAUGCCCAUGGUGUCCAUCUUCAAACAGAAGCGGAUCAAAGGCUGGUGGCCUUUUGUGGCCAGAAAUGAAGAAGAUGAGUUUGAACUCACGGGUAAAGUGGAAGCUGAGCUGCACCUUCUGACGGGGGAGGAAGCAGAGAGAAGUCCAGCUGGUGAAGGACGCAAUGAACCAGAGCCUCUGGAGAAACCCAACCGACCAGACGUCGCCCUCCUCUGGUUCCUCAUCCCACUCAAAGCUGCUAAACACCUGGUUUGUGACCAGUACAGAUGGCUGACCAUCAAGAUAGUCACAGCGCUCCUGCUGCUGGCCAUCUUGGGUCUCUUCCUCUACAACAUGCCUGGUUACAUGGUGAAGAAAAUGCUGGGAGCUUAAACAAGGCAGGAAAGACUUUCCCUUUUUUGGAGUGUGGUACAAAAUGA